CGCAGGGCCUGCAUGUGGCCAAGGGCGCACUUCUUCUUCAGGUGCCGUCCGCCUCCGACUCCAGCCUCGGCUCGGCUGCCACCAUGGAGCAGGCGUGGCUCCGCGCCGACUCCUACGAGGUGACCAGCCGGGAGGGGAACCCCGGCCAGGCGUCGGUGGAGAUGUUCUUCUCCAGCCUGCAGGCCAACCUCAAGGCCAGGGCAGCCGAGGCCGCGGCUAAUGUUGCCAAGGUGGAGGAAGCCGGCAAGGCUGUGAUGGACCGGCGCACCACUCUGUAUAAUCGCGCCGUCACCCAUUACCACAAGGCCAAGCUGGACCGGGCCGACUUGGCCCGCGAGCUGGAAGCCGCUAAGGCAAGCUCAAGCCGGGCUGAGCAGGAGUUGACGCGGCUGCGCCUGCUGGAGCAGAACCAUCUCGCCGAGCUCAACUCCCUCAGGACGGCGGAGAAGGAGAAGGUGGAUGAUCUGAGCCGGCGGCUGACGGAGGUGGAGAAGCAGCGGCUUGUGCUGCAGGAGGAGGUCACCGCUAAGUCCACGGAGCUGACGGCUACCGCCAAGCGCUGGACCGACGAGUUUAGCGCGCUUGAUCGCGGCUUGGCGGCGGCCUUCCCGGAGACGCAGGACGCGGCUUUAGCAGCCGUUGGCGUCGCGCGCGACUCCAGGAGGCGGGAGACUGGCGAGGGCAGCUCAGAGUACUUCUCCAUGGAGGACCACAUGGCGUCCAUGGCUGCCCGCAUCGAGCCCAUCACCAAACUCGGCUGGGAGCUUCGGAAGGCGGCUGAAGAGCUGGAAUAA